GUCAGCUGCUCGAUGAGGAAGUAAACAACACUGAGCUGAACGAACAACAUCACAGAUAAAGGACUGGCUCUCCAAAUGGUUUCCCUGGUUUGCACUUUAAAUGACCAUCGAGAUGAUGUCAACUGGUGUGCUUUUUCAGCAACUUUACUAGCAACAUGUUCUGGGGACAAAACUCUCCGGAUAUACAACACCAGGGACUUCUCAGAGCUGCCCUUCUCGCCGCUUACAGGACAUGGAUACAGCGUCCACUGCUGCUGCUUCAGCACCUGUGGACAGUUCCUCGCCUCAUGUUCAACAGAUGCGACUAUAGUGGUCUGGUCCAUGGUCUCAGGUGAGAUAGAGGCUGUCCUGGAGCAUCCUGGUCGCAGCCCUGUCAGGAUCUGUGCACUGUCUCCAGACUCUGCCCACAUGGUUUCUGGUGCAUCUGAUGGUUCUUUGGCUCUGUGGGACUUCCCAUCCAAACAGCUGCGCAGGACCGGAGCAGUGAAUGACACAACAAUGGUAGCCUGCUCCUUCAGCCCCUGCAGCCAGGUGUUUGUUACCGGCUCUACUUAUGGAGACCUGCGCCUGUGGGACUUAAACCUGAACCAGCUCCAUGCAGAAAAGAAUGCCCAUGACCUGGGUGUGAGCUGCUGCACCUUUGCUCCAGAUAUCCUCAGUGGGGGUCCGGUGGUGCAGUUCCGUCUGGCAUCCUGUGGUCAAGACAGUCUGUUGAAGAUCUGGGCUGUUAUCAAGUUCAGCUAUGGAGCCUAUAAGAUGCAGCUGCUGCACACAUUAACCGGCCAGUCGGCUCCAGUCCUGUCUUGUUCGUACUCCUCCGAUGGACAGUUGCUUGUGUCCGGCUCUGUGGACAAAACUGUUACAGUCUAUGAUGCAAAAAAUGCUGUUUUACUUUACACAUUGAGCCAGCACGAGAGGUAUGUAACAGCUUGCUCCUUCUCCCCAACGUCACCGAUAAUUGCUACCGGAUCUAUGGAUAAGACCGUAAACAUCUGGAAGGUAGAGGAUGGAUGCAGCGGACAUGGGGGGAAAUUAUUAAACGAGGAGUCUGCACACGCGUCAGCAGAAGGGAAGACCUCGGCCGGCCGAUCCAAGCUGCUGGUCAGUGAUUGGUCGGAGGAGGAUGUGUCACUGUGGCUGGUGGAGGAAAGGCUGGAGGGAUUGGUGGACACAUUCAGGGCCAACAACAUAGAUGGGACAGAGCUGCUCUGUCUCACCAAGGAAACACUGGCGUCAGAGCUGCACAUAGAGUCAAUGGGUCUGCGCAGCAAAGUCCUGCGAAAAGUGGAGGAGCUGAAGAAUGAGUCGGUGUGUUCAGGGAUUCCUGAUGAGUUUCUUUGUCCAAUUACCCGAGAACUGAUGAGGGAACCGGUCAUCGCUGCUGACGGAUACUCAUAUGAAAAAGAGGCAAUUGAGAGCUGGAUCAACACCAAAAACCGCUCCAGUCCAAUGACCAACCUGCCUUUACUGACGACUCUGCUAACUCCAAAUCACACCCUGAAGAUGGCUAUCGGCCGUUGGAAGACCAGCCACUAGCAUCCAGAGGAUUCUCCCACAUGAUUUCACUGAUGUGGUCAUUAAAUCCAAGUGUGAUGCUCACAGGGACGCUGAAGCAUUUCCGUUUGUAUUUGAUUCUGUGUGAGCAUCUGUGAAAUUAUAUUAGGAAAAAUUUUCAUUACUGUCGAGGAAAAAAAAUACUAAUUGCAGGAAGUUUUAAGUCAAACGUAAUUCUAUUUUUUUUUUGGCCAAAAUACCCUGAAAAGCAAAUAAAACAUUUUAGUCUGCCUCGUGAAGCUAAAAUAGGUCAGAAUUAGGAAAAGAAAAGUUUGCAAACGGAUGCAACUGCAGGUGAAAAAAAAAAAAAAGGUGAAUGAUCUAUUUCAGCCCAUUGAUGUCAACAAAAUACUACCUACUGAAGC